GAACACCCGGACAAAUUUCCCUUCUUCUUAGUGUCGAUCCUACCACAACACACCCAGAUUGGCUACUCGAAGGGGGCACCAUGGAUGAAAACCAAGCUGCUCAAUACCUAGAGUCAUUGAUUGGUCAGACGCUACGAGUGCACGCAAGCGAUACGCGCAUUUUUGUGGGCACGUUCAAGUGUACGGAUUCGGCGCGAAAUAUUAUCCUCGCGAGCACGUACGAAUAUCGCUUCCCUAGCCCCUCAGCAGUUCAAGAUGCUGCCACGGUCGCAGAUAAUCAAGAGUCCGGGAUAGCCGCGGAAUUCCAGAAUGUUAAAAUGAAUAUGACAAGUCGAUUUAUUGGUCUUGUGGUCGUCCCGGGUCAGCAUAUCAUUAAGAUCGAGUUGGAAGAGACCCCUCAGCAAAGUCGCGUGCGGGAGUCACUCAAGAAAUCAUAGAAGGCAACUGUCCACUACAGUCCGAUGGAUUUCCCUAGGUGUUGGACUAGACCCUAACCUCAAGCCUUCCCUUCAGUUCC